UUUUCCUUUUUUUUAUUGGCCAUCAAUACCUCUCUCUCGACUCACAAUCACAAUCAAUCGCUUCAUCAUGUCCAAAUUGGCGCCGGUGAAUUGAUCCUCGAACAACCGGAGCCGCCGGAGAAGCACCCCGAAUUGGCGUCUAAUUCACGGUCCUUUUCUUUGUCUUGCAGUACUCUCCUCCUCCGGUAUUUUUCAAUAACCAAAUGCCGGUUAAGAAGGAUGUUUGCCGGAAUUUUCAGCGUGGCAGCUGCAUGUAUGGGCAACGGUGUAAAUUUCUUCAUGUGACUUCAUCACAACAACAACAACAACAAAAACCCAAUAAUACUUUCUCAUAUCAACAGCAGCAACAGCAGAAGCCCAGCAACCCCUAUGGUUUUGGUGUUCAAAACAAUCCUCCACCAAAAGGGGCAGCAGAUUUCGGUUCCAAACCCAGCCAAUAUAAGCCUUUCCAAAACUCAUGGACUCGUUCCUCUUCCACGCCCACUGCCAAUACUACACCUGAAAAUCAGAGCCAGACUACCAAUCACAAAUGUACAGAUCGCGAAUCUUGCAGACGCAUAGCUGUUGAGGAUUUUCAGAAUGAAAGACCCCUUUGGAGACUUACAUGCUACGGUCACUGGAAAAAUGCUCCUUGUGACAUUGUUGGUGACAUUAGCUAUGAAGAAUUGAGGAUGGCCGCAUAUGAUGAUGCUAAGCGUGGGUUGAAUUUGCAGACUAUAGUUGAUAGAGAACGGAAUUUAGUGAACUCUAAGGUGAUAGAGUUUGAAAACCUUUGCAAGUCUGGUGCAGUUCCCCAAAAUUCAACUCCUGCUAAUCAAACUUUUCCUGGAACUGGUCCAACUGCAUUUACACAAAACGCUCAAGGUCCAAGUGCAUUUUCACAAAACGCUCAAGCUCCAAAUGCAUUUGCACAAAAUGCUCAAGCUCCACAUGCAUUUGGACAAAACGCUCAAACACCAAAUGCAUUUGGACAAAGUGCUCAAGUUCCAAAUGCAUUUGCACAAAAAGCUCAAGGUCAAAAUGCAUUUUCACAAAAUGCUCAAGGUCUAAAUGGAUUUGCACAAAAAGCUCAAGGUCCAAAUGCAUUUUCACAAAAUGCUCAAGGUCCAAAUGCAUUUUCACAAAAGGCUCAAGCUAGUGCCCCUACUUCAGUUUCAAGCUUUAGUCAAUUGGGAACAUCACUCAAUAUGGGGUUUGUGUCGAGGCCUUCUGCACCUUUAAACAAUGCUUUUGGUCAGCCGAAUCCUUUUGGGGUUUCCAGCCAGACUUCAAGUGCAUUUGGAACCAAUAAUUUGUCACCUCAAAGUCAAGGAAGUCCAUUUGCCCCUGCUCCCUUCAGUAAUACUAGCUUCAUGAGUAACCCAAUAACCACAUCUACAGCAUCAAAUCAAAUCCCAGGACUCAAUGGACCAAGUACAGGGUUUCAGCAGGCGAAUUCCACGCAAAGCGAGGUAUUAUCUACUGUGGAUGCAAGUGUAUGGUCGAAAAACAAGUGGGCUCCUGGAGAGAUCCCGGAAGAAGCGCCUCCUGAUGCAUUCUGUUGUUGAAGGAAUUAGUACUCAGAAUUUCAAUGUCUACUGUAUCAAGAGAACAUUCUCUCAUGCGCUGUGCGAUUUUUUUGGGUUAGCGCAUCAAACUCACAAGACACCACUUCUGACUAUCACCUCGGAGGAUGGAAAGGAAUCAAGAUCGUUCUAGGACUGGGAAUAUAUGUAGAAGAAGAUGGUUUUAGAAUAUAUGUUGUCUUAGGAUUUCAAUUGGGGAAUACAUAGGUUUCAUGUUUUCUGGUAACAGUUCUGUGAAACUAGGUUCUGGAUUCAUGUUUACAUAGUUACAUUGUACCAAAUAGAAUAUAAAGAAAAGAAUAUAAAGGGUAAUUGUUUUAUGUCCAAUUCAAAAUUUCAUACCAAGACUCAAA